AUGCCUGCAGCAUACACAAGCGCACAAAAGACGGCCAUCCAGAGCUUCGUCGAGGUUACUGGCACGGACAAGACAGCAGCUGCGAGAUUGUUGAAACAGGCCAACUGGAACGUACAGACAGCGACGAAUGCAUACUUCCAGUCUGGUAGCUCGAACAUCGGCAGCACCGUCAGCAAGUCAACCCUCAACAAAACCUUCGACAAGUAUCGUGAAGAUGUCACAAACGAACCCGACGAAAUCAACAUUGAAGGCACAAUGGAGCUGCUGAAGGAUAUGGAUGUCGACCCUUCGGAUGUUGGCUGUCUCAUCUUCUCGGAGAUGGCCAAGUCACCAUCUCUUGGAAAGCUCACGCGCACUGAGUUUGUGGACAACCUUGCUGCUCUUGGUAUCAACGACGUCAAGAAGAUGCGCGAUACGGUGGAACAGAGACGCGCCAAACUCGCCGACCCCUCAUUCCGUCCUACCUUCAAGUCCAUAUACAAGCACACAUUCAUUCUUGCUCGCCAGCCCGGACAGAAGGCAGUCGCACUCGAAGCAGCCACCGAAUACUGGAACCUCCUCUUUACCAGCCCUUCGCUCGACUGGUCAUCGCCCAGCACUCCUUGGCUCGAUUGGUGGAAGGAGUUCCUCGAGACAAAGUACAAGAAGAGCGUGAACAAAGACAUGUGGGAUCAGACGCUGGUGUUUGCCGAGAAGACACUUGACGACGAGGCUCUCAGCUUCUGGAGCGAGGACUCUGCCUGGCCUGGAGUGAUUGACGAGUUUGUCGAGUACGUCAAGACGGAGAAGCGUGCUGGCGACGCCAUGGAUGUUGAGUGA